AGAUUAACUGAGUUGUUUAUUUUACAGGCCUGCUGAUCCUUCAUGUGGAUCUGCAGCAAACUCCGCAACUUUUAACAGUUUAUUUUCUGUUUUAGCUGUGCUAACUGGUCGUUUCUUUCUCCUCCUCUGAAGCUCUCUGCUCUUUUCUUCCAGACUGGAUACACUCUCACUCCUCUCCUUUUCCUCUCUGGCACUAGAGGAAGUGAGGGACAGUUGGCACUCGCUUGUCCAUACUGUAUUGGUGGUGGCAAAAUGGCAGUGUAUCUCUCAUCCACCCUCCUUCCUCUACCUCCCUCACCAUCUCCUGAGAGAAGUAACCCAGAUUUCAAAAUGAAUCGCUGCCUAUUCCCCUCAAUCUUUCUCCUCUCUCUCUCUCUCUCUUCCUCUCUCUCUCUCUCACUUCAUUCUCUCACAUCUCUCCUCCUUUUCUUAGUAAAGAGAGAAUCAAUCUUGGAAAGAGAAUACCACCUCUCUAUCUCAGCCUCCUCCUCACCCUGCCUCUGGGUUAACGGAUAUAUACCACUUCACUCUUCUAUCUUUGGUUCCUAGAAAGCUUGAAUCUCUCAAAACGCUUGUUGCCCUCUCUUUUUCUUUUUUCUCCUUUAUUUUUUGGCUCAUUCUUUUCUACUUGCCACAGCACUGCUUGUCUUGGUUUUUCUGUCUUUUCUUCCACGUCUUUCUCUUUUUUUGAGGUGACCCACUACAGGUGUGACACCUUAGCCUUUCUUUUGAAGUGAGCCAAACGAAGAGAAGAGAGGGGGAGAGGAAGACAAUAAAGCUGUCCUUUAGUCGAGCCUUUCCUCCAAAAUCACCACCAAUUCAGCAUCUCCAGGCAUUAUGUCCACCCCGGUCUCCCCUUCCCCCACCCUCUCCCCUUUGACACUGGCCUCCCCUACAUCGGCAACCUCCCCUGGAGCCUCCCCUCUGCCCUCGCCCCUCUCCCCUCCACCCAGGGUGCCCGUGUUCCAGAGGAAGGGAGCGCUCAAACACAAGAGGAUUGUCGAAGUGAAAGACCAUCAGUUCACAGCCCGCUUCUUCAAACAGCCCACCUUCUGCAGCCACUGCACCGACUUCAUCUGGGGAAUCGGCAAACAGGGAUUCCAAUGUCAAGUUUGCAGUUUCGUGGUCCACAAAAGAUGUCACGAGUUUGUGACCUUCACCUGUCCUGGCUCUGUGGCCGGCCCGAAACCAGAUGACCUGAAGAGUCGACACACAUUUAAGCUCCAGACGUACUCCAGUCCCACCUUCUGCGACCACUGUGGCUCGUUGCUGUACGGCCUCAUACACCAGGGCAUGAAAUGUACCUGUUGUGACAUGAACGUCCAUCGACGGUGCGAGACCAGUGUUCCCAGUCUCUGUGGCCAAGACCACACAGAGAAGAGAGGGAGGAUCCACCUUACUAUCAGAGGAGAGAAGGAGGAUGUGUUUGUCACAGUGCGGGAGGCUCGUAACCUGAUGCCUAUGGAUCCAAAUGGCCUGUCAGACCCGUAUGUUAAACUCAAAUUGAUUCCAGACCCAAAGAGCCACAGCAAGCAGAAGACCAAGACCAUCCGCUCAACACUCAAUCCCGUCUGGAAUGAGAGUUUCACCUUCUCAGUGCGUGGUCACCAGUGGGACAGGAGACUGUCUGUGGAGGUCUGGGACUGGGACCGCACGUCUAGGAAUGAUUUCAUGGGAGCGUUGUCAUUCGGAGUGAGUGAGAUCUUCAGGCGCCCUAUCAGCGGCUGGUUCAAACUGCUGGCCCAAGACGAGGGAGAAUACUACAACAUUCCCGUGCCAGACCCAGAUCUGCAGGAGCCUCAGCCAGACGCUCCAACACCCUCUCUGCCUCAAGCAAUACCUAUCCCGCUGUCUGAAGUGUUCCCUGCGGCCCUGUCCUCAAACCCUGUGCCGUCCUGUCCACCUGUCCACACCCCAGGCCCUGCCAAAGUCAAAGUGGGCCUCCAUGACUUCAACUUCCUCAUGGUGCUGGGCAAAGGCAGCUUUGGCAAGGUGCUGCUGGCAGAGGAGCGAGGCAGUGAGCGUCUGUUUGCUGUGAAAGUGUUGAAGAAAGACGUUCUUUUCCAGGACGAGGACACAGAGAGCGCCCUGGUAGAGAGGAGGGUUCUGGCGCUUUCCUCUCGCCCUCACUUCCUCACAUCGCUCUACUGUGCCUUCCAGACUGAGGACCGCCUGUAUUACGUGAUGGAAUAUGUCAACGGAGGAGACCUGAUGUUUCACAUUCAGAUAGUUGGCAAGUUCAAAGAGCCUCAUGCAGCGUUUUAUGCAGCGGAGAUAGCGAUCGGCCUCUUCUUCCUCCACAGCAAAGGCAUCAUAUACAGGGAUCUAAAGCUGGAUAAUGUGCUGCUUGACAGCGAGGGCCACAUAAAGAUAGCUGACUUUGGGAUGUGCAGGGAGGGCAUGUUCGAGGGUGACACCACGCGCACCUUCUGUGGAACCCCCGACUACAUCGCCCCUGAGAUUGUGGCAUAUCAGCCCUAUGAUAAAGCAGUAGACUGGUGGUCCUAUGGAGUACUGCUGUAUGAAAUGCUUGCAGGACAGCCACCAUUUGAUGGUAUUGACGAGGAGGAGCUGUUUCAGUCCAUCAUGGAGCAGAGUGUCUCAUACCCAAAAAGUCUCUCUCGUGAAGCUGUUGCUAUCUGCAAGGGAUUCCUGACGAAGCACCCGGCCAAGCGUCUGGGUGGAGGAGAGGAUGCAGAAAGAGAGAUCAGGGAGCAUCCGUUCUUCCGCUGGCUUGAUUGGGACCGUCUGGAGAGACUGGAGAUCCAGGCGCCCUUCAAACCCAGAACUGGUGGGAAAAAAGGUGAAAAUUUCGACAAGUUCUUCACAGCGGCUCCAUCAGCGCUCACUCCCUCUGACCCGGAUAUACUAGCGGCUAUGAACCAGGAAGACUUCCUGGGCUUCUCCUUCCUAAACCCAGACUUUGCCCCCUCGCCUCUGACUGCUGUUUGAAAAUGACUUCCUAACCUGCUCCAAAAAGUGCACCCAAAUUAGCCUCCUUAACAGUUGUUUUAUAACAAAGAAUUUGAACAUGAGAACUAGCAGUAUUAAAGACACCUCUCAUAAUCAAAUUCUGACGUUUACAUGAAAAUGCCAAGACACCUUUAUAUUCAUGCACUCUCUUUGAUGUAUGUACUUUAUCUUGAUAAAGAAUAUGUUGCAGCGAUACAAACAAAGCCGGUAUUCUACUGUAGAUUUCCAUCUUAGAGUUUUUUGUAAGACAUUCCGUAACUUGACAUAAGAGUACUGUAAUGAACCAGAUAAAUGAAUCUAUUUGCAUGCAAUGUUUUUAGAAUGAAUUGCUUUGACACACUAGCUUAGAUUAUCCAAGAAAAUAUACCUGUAUAACUUUACAAUCAGUUUAUUUAAAACUUUUUCCAUUACUUUGAUUAGAAUCUUCUUGUGUUGUGAGAAGCGGUAUCUUACGAAACAAUUACAUUUCCAAGUCAGGGUUUCUUUCAUAGAGCUAUACAGGCCACAUAGACAAAGAAGUCUCUUUGACAUUUUGCAGUUCAUACAGAUGAAUAAAAAUGUUUCUUGCAGAUAUAUUCCAGUGGAACAUUGCGUUUAUACACAGUAAAGUAAUUCAGCAUCAGAAGCACUGUAAUGUGUCUUUCUAAAUAUUUAUCUCACUCUGAGUGUGUGACUAUGACGCAAACAGUGCCAGUAGCCUUUUUUUCUAUUAGACUGGAAUCCUGUGGAAGAGGCUAGACCUCUCAGUGUAACGUCACGCAAGUGACCUCAGAUGACCCACGGAGAUGCUGAAACAAUGCAGCGGGCGCAGUUAAUGUGACAGUUAAUGUAGGUUACAGUGCUGCCCUGCAGCUCAUGCCCACUCUGCCUGAUUCUAUUAUCACUGGUAGGAAGUCCUCACAUUACUGCCGCAGUUUAGGCUGCAUCAUUUCUUUUUAUUCACACGUGAUUCUUUUCUCUUUAAUUCUUGGACAAGCUGACAAGGAAUUAGAAUUAGAAUUAGGCCUAACCACAAAAUACAGUAUACUGCUCCUUAAUGACCUCCUACAACUGCAAUGAAAUAUGCUUUUGUAGUCUUAUAAAAUAUGCCUUUUAAUGAUGUUUUCUCCAGCUGAAGCGAAAAGCUUAUACAGGGACACGUACUUAUUAUUAUUUUUGUGGUGUAUACCAUAAAGCUUAUUGCUGUGUAAUGACGCAAUCACAGCAUUGAUUAGGCGUAAUUAAAAGUGAGGCUCACUGAGACUGUUCAAUACAUGGAAAGAUAAUAGCAGAGCUGUCAUUAAACAUUAUCUGAGCAGGGUAGGUGGCUGCAAACAUACAGUUUAAUAAUCACAUUUCAGUGUUCUUAUCUCACAAACCAGCUGGUUCACACAGGAAGCAGUUUGAUUUUUGCUUAAAACAUCUUUAUGAUUUUUUAUGUUUAUAAUCUGUGUCAGCAAAAUGAUAAUUGUUACCAUUUCUCAUCCAGAGGAGCAAAAUCAUGCAGAUUUGCUUUAACUGCGUGUGUAGUAGUGUGUGUAAUAGUGGCCAACUGUGAAAGGUCAGAGCAGUUCAUCUUAUUGCCUUUGCUCAGUUUGAGUGAAAGUCAAAUGUCACAAUACACAGUUCUUCAACACCAUAGCUGAUACAAUCAAUAACAGAUAAUACAAUAGAUGAUUUAUGUAUCUGUUGAGUUAACAUCUGUUUUCAUGUGCUGGAAAAAGAACAUCCAAAUAAACUUACUGAAAAAAAAAAAAUCAUGAAACGAGAACUGUUUCAUUCUGUUUUGGGUUUUUUUGUGCGAAGCCGCUGAGAAACAAACAUACACAGCCUCUCGCUUUGUCUUCACACGCCUCUCUGUCACGCUCACUCCCUCUCCAUCACGUUCACACAUACUCACUCACUCAAAAGUGCAAUCUCAAGCAUGUGUAUACACACACACACACACUCUUACACACACAGAAGAUGCUGACCCCUGUAUUUACUGUGGUGCUGUAGUUGUCGAACCAACAAAACCACCACUCAGGCAUCUCAAUUUCACUCCAACCUCCUCUUCUGAAGAUGCUUCACCCUCCUCUUCAGCCCUGCUCACCUUGACCCCCUCCCUCCCCACUCCAUCCCCUCCAGCAUCAUAAUGGGACUAAUAUCCCCAUAGAGAUCACAGUUAUAACAAGUUGACCUUCACAUUAAAAUCUCAUCAACUUCCCAUUUCACUCUCUACCUCCCUCUCUUCUUCUCUAUCUGCCCUUCAUCUCUUCUUCUGUCUUUUCUGUCAGUGCUGCCCUGUAAAUGCUUUACUGUGUCAUUCUAUAUAAAUCAUAUUGUCAGAAUUUACUGUUGUUGCGAUUAUCGCUCUGAUGUUCCCCGCCACUGCUGUCCGUUGAUAUGUGUAUCUUGUCUUAUCUUGGCCUCUGUGUCAAUAUUAUGAUUUGUUUUACACUCAGUUUAUAUUCUCUAUUGACGGAAUUCAGGCAGUGAAAGUGUGAGAGAGAUGAGAUGGAGGGGAAUCCUACCUGAGCUACGUUUUCUCAUAUUUUUCUGGACAGAUUUCAACAGAUUCAGUUGUUUAUUUUCAAAAGAUUUCAUCCCAAUUUUGAGGAUAAAACACAGCCUGAUGUUCUUUGUGUUGUUAUAAUUCUAAAUGAAAUGCAAAUAAUCAUGUCAAGAAAUGUGGCUUUUAUGUUUUAUAUUGACUCCUGUGAUGACAAACUUAAAGUAGCACAGGCAGAUGAGACUCUUUUACAGUC